CAUAAACACAUCAACCUUUUGUAAACUUCUAAAUAGUAAACACAUAUAUUUCUGGCCAAAAAAUGGAUUUUACAAAAACGUCCAGCGUUGAGGAAACUGAAAACACUGACAACAGUCAUGCAAAGAACUUGAACGAAAAUGUGUCCAAAUUUUAUGAGACCAUAGGAAAUAUUUCGCGAAACAUCCGCAAGGACGACUGGACAUACUUGCAACGCCAUCCAGAGAUACGAGCCAUAAUUCGAGUUAUUACAACUGAGGCGAUUAAGGCCAAGCCAUCGAAUAUAUAUCAUUUUACGGCAAAUUUAUUUACCUGCGAAAGAGACGAGGAGAUGGUUGAAAAGAUAAACAAGCAACUUAAGUGGGUCAAUGAGCAGUUGAGAGGAGGCACCUGGAAUCCUGCAGAUGGAGAUAUUCCCUUUCCCGAAACUAGCGAAACCUCUUCAGAAAAUAAUUGCCAAACCGAUUUUGAUACUACAGCCAAAUUAGACGUGACCGAAAGACUGCUUUGUCCUGAUAAUUAUAGUCCUAGAUGCAAGAAGUGUUGAGGAAAUGCAAAUAUAUAUUAUUAUGUUAAUAAAUUAUAAGUAAAUAA